CUUGCUGCUCCUGCUGCUGCUGCUACUGCUACUUAAUGAGGUUUAGUUUUUCUUAUUGAAAAAUAUCCUGUUAUAUUGAGAUGGCAUUCGCACCUCCCAAAAACCUAGAUGGCCCCAAAAUGCAAACAAAAAUGAGUACCUGGACACCCCUAAACCAUCAGCUUUUGAAUGAAAAGGUAUUUGAAGAAAGAAGAAUUCUUCUUGGAAAAUGGUUUGACAAAUGGACAGAUGCUCAGAGGAGAAAAAUCUUGACAGGCUUGUUUGAGCAGUGCUCUCUGUCACAGCAAAAGUUCUGUAGUCGGCAGCUUCAGGAAAGAAUUCCAGCAGAAGCAGUGGAUUUCACGACCAAGCUCCCCAGGGUGUUGUCUUUGUACAUCUUUUCUUUCCUGGACCCACGCAGUCUCUGUCGAUGUGCACAGGUGAGCUGGUACUGGAAGAACCUGGCUGAAUUGGAUCAGCUGUGGAUGCUUAAGUGUUUGCGUUUUAACUGGUGUAUCGAUUUCUCUCCAACUCCAUUUGAGCAAGGGGUGUGGAAGAAGCACUAUAUCGAAAUGGUGAAACGAUUUCACAUUACUAAGUCCAAGACUCCACCAAAAAAUGAUUUUAUAGUUCCCGAUAUACGUACAGCAUCAGGUGACCCUUCAGAAGUGAAGCAAUCCCCUUCAUCUGCCCUUCACUCCUUGUGCUCAUUUAGAAAGAAGACUAACCGAGGGGAAAGGGACCUUCCACCAUGGCGUUCUUCUGAUAAGCAUCCCACUGACAUCAUUCGCUUCAAUUACUUAGACAACUGUGACCCCAUUGAGCAGGCCUGGCAGGUUAAGAAGAAAGGAAGUGAAUUGGCAUCAGAUUUCAGCCGACAAUCAUAUAACAAGAAAAAUAAAUUCCAGGACAGAGCCAAGCUGAGGAAAGCACAAUCACUGCAGGUAUCCUUAGGGGCAGACUUCAACUGUCCUCUGAAAGGACCAACUCACCUCAAUUGGGCUUCUCAUGAGUCACUAAGAUGUACAAAAGGCAAAGCUCAAAUGGUCACACACCACUUUCAGGAGCAACGUAGAAUCCUACCUUCACCCAUCUAG